AGAGAUAGAAAGAUAUAAAGAGAAGUGGGCUUCUGCCAUUUUUGCCACUCCCCUUUUUCCUUUUACUUCAACCAACCAUUCAAUAUCACUAAUAACUAAUAAUUUAUUUAUCAAAUUUUUGCUUCAAGUUUACCACUUUAUUUUUGUUAGAUAGAGAAAUAACACCUUUUUUCUUUAAGAAAAAGAUUGUGAUUAGCCCUCACUUCUUCUCCCUUCUUAGAGAGAGAAAGAAACAUAGUGAAUUUUUUUUUUUUUUUUAUAAAAAAAACAUUCUGAGACAUAGUAGUGUCUAUAGCUUUUCGUGUAGCUAAGGUGGCUGACAAAAGUUUUAAACAAAUCACAACUCAUUGAUCUCAUUUUUUUGGAAUGGUGAUGCUACUAUCAAUUUCCAUGUAGAAGAACCGUAAAGGAGUUUUCCAAUCUAGGGUUUUGUAAUUCCUCAAUAAUCUUUUUCUGGGUUUAUAAUUAAUUUUUAUUUCAACCCUUUUUUUUUGGGUAAUUAAAAAAAAAAAAAAGGGGUGGUAGUGUGAUUUGAGUGAGUGAGUGUAAUCUUAGAUGCAAGUGGAGGAGAGAGAAAGUAAGAAAGAAAAGUAAGCAAAAAAAAUGGUGUUUUUUGAUAAAAGAGAGUUGGUUGUUGCUGUAAAAAUGUUUCCUUGGGGUUACCAAAUGUGUCCGGGCUCAGUGCACUGUGCUGCUGAGUAAGGAAGCAUAAUCAACAAAACCUCUCUUCUCUUCUCUUCUUCUUUAUACUAUUAUUUUUCACAACUUUGUUUUCUCUCUCCUCUUCCAUCUUCUUUCUCUCUCUAAAACUUUUGAGUUUUGACAGUGUUGGAGGUGCUUGGGAAGGGCAUUUUACUACUUUCUCUCUCUUCAUUAGAUCUUCAUUAAUUUUUUUUUUUUUCCAUUUUCUCAUAUUUCUGUUUAUGGGUUUUUGAUUUUAGGUUCUGGGUGUUGUUAUUUUUGGAGAAAGAUUGAGUUUUUCUUGAAAAAGAUUAGAUUUUUUUAAAAAAUUUGAGAGGUGAAAAUGAAGUUUAUGAAGCUUGGAUCUAAAGCUGAUUCAUUUCAGAGUGAUGGUGAUAACAUCAGGUAUGUGGCAACCGAGCUAUCAACAGACAUAGUUGUCAAUGUUGUGGAUGUCAAAUUUUAUCUGCAUAAGUUUCCUCUACUGUCCAAGAGUGCACGUUUGCAAAAACUUGUUGCUAUGGCAAAUCACGAAAGUCAAGACGAAAUAUCUAUUGAGGAUAUCCCUGGUGGACCUGCUGCCUUUGAGGUAUGUGUAAAAUACUGCUACGGCAUGACUGUCACAUUAAACGCCUACAACGUUGUUGCAGCUCGAUGUGCAGCUGAGUAUCUAGAAAUGUAUGAUACAGUUGAGAAAGGAAAUCUCAUAUACAAGAUCGAUGUGUUUCUCAACUCUAGUAUCUUCCGAGGUUGGAAAGACUCUAUCAUCGUUCUCCAAACAACUAAGUCCCUCCUUCCAUGGUCCGAGGAGCUCAAAAUUGUAAGCCACUGCCUUGACGCGAUAGCGUCGAAAGCAUCCAUUGAUACUUCCAAGGUUGAGUGGUCUUACACCUAUAACAGGAAGAAGCUCCCAUCGGAGAACGGAUCGGAACAGCUUUAUAAUGGUGUAAGGAAGCACCUAACCGUUCCAAAAGACUGGUGGGUAGAAGACUUAUCGGACCUUGACAUGGAUCUGUAUAAACGGGUCAUAACUACAAUCAAGACAAAAUGUAAGGUUUCAAGUGAUGUCAUUGGUGAGGCCUUGAAAACUUAUGCAUUAAGAAAGUUACCUGGGUUUAGUAAAGGUAUGGUUCAAGGUGGUGAUUUACAGAAGAACCAAUCAUUAGUUGAGGCCAUAGUACGACUUCUUCCAAGGGACAAAGGCAGCAACUCAUCUAGUUUCUUGCUUAGGUUGUUGAGAGCAUCAAUGUCUUUAGGUUGUGGAGAAAUGGUUAGGACAGAGUUGCUUAGGAGAAUUGGCUUGCAACUGGAUGAGGCUUCUGUCGCAGAUUUGUUAAUCCGAGCUCCACCUGGAGAAACGACUGUUUAUGACAUUGAUUUAGUGGAGAAUCUGGUUAAGGAGUUUGUGAUGCAAGAUCAUAGUAUUCAGAAUGAUUCUCACAAUGAAAUAGAUUUUCAGGAGCUUAAGAAGCCUGUGACCAUAUCAGAUGCUUCCAAGGGAAUGGUUGCUAAGCUAGUUGAUUGUUACCUUGCAGAGGUUUCACGAGACCCGAACUUACAACUAUCUAAAUUCAUUGGUAUCUCGGAGCUUGUUUCAGGAUUUCCAAGACCAUCGCAUGAUGGGAUCUACCGUGCCAUUGACAUGUACUUGAAGGAACAUCCUGGCAUCAGUAAGAGUGAGAAGAAGAAAAUAUGCAAAUUGAUGGAUUGCAGAAAGCUUUCAGUGGAGGCUUGUGCUCACGCUGUGCAAAACGAACGCCUCCCUUUACGAGUUGUCGUUCAGGUACUCUUCUUCGAGCAAGCCCGAGCUACAGCCACAUCAUCGUCCCCCGGAAGUCGAACACCUGACUUACAACGGCCCACCCGGGCAUUACUCCCAGGUGGGUCCCAUGGGAGCUCACGGUCCGCAACCACCAACACCGAGGACGACUGGGAUGGAGUUCCAACAAUUGAGGAGUUAAAGGCUUUAAAAGGUGAAAUAGCCAACCUUAGAGUAGGAGGUGGUGAAGGGUCUAGUGUUGAUGUCCCUAAAAGUGAUGCUGAGAAAGCUGCUGUCAAUAAGGUCAGAGGCUUGCUCAUGUCAAAGAGAUUAUUCUCAAAGCUCUGGUCUAGCAAAGAGAAAGACGGUGAGAAUAGUAGCUCUGAUACCUCUGAAAGUCCUGCAUCGACAAAUAAUGCAGAGGAAAGUCGAUCUACACCUUCUCGAAAUAGAAAGCAUUGACAAUCUUAAUCAUAAUCAUAAUCGUAAUCUUAUUAAAGGUUUUUGAUUAAGAUAAUAACGGCACUUUUGCUUUGCCCCAACAUGUAAAAUUAGCACACUUUUCAUUUUCCUAUGUAGGAAUAGGUAGGUUUACUGACAAGAAAAUUCUAGCUCAACCUUGAAAAGUAACCAACGAACUUAAGUUUUGAGGAUGGUUUCCUACUUCCUACUUCCUCGGUUCGUUGAUUUUAGGGAGCUAGCCUCAAGGCUCAAAGCAGCUGUUUUAAGAGAUACGGAGUUUAGGUAUUAUGUCAGUUUUAGGUUCUAACACGAGAGAUUUUCCCUAUAUAUGAAAGUGGAAAGUAUUCCUCUUUUUUAUCAGUA